AGCCCUUCCCUGCCCGGCCCGGCCUUGCGCACAGAGCCGAAGCGCUUGCAUUGCCGAGCCGGAUCCUGGGACUGAGCCACACCACUUCCUCCUCCUCCCGCUCCUCUUCCUCCUGCCGCUGCCGCGCGCCGGGGCCGGCGGCGGCGCUGCGGGCCUGGGCGUCUGCGGCGCCUGGCGGGGAGAGGAUGCUGCUCGCCGGGCUCGCGUCCUCGCGGUGCUCCUCGGCCACCCGCUGGGGUUCUGUGGGAACCGGGGCACCUUGGUGAAGUCUCUGGCCGCCGCUGUCGCCGCCGCCGCACCUAGCAAGCGGGCGCGCGUGUGCCCGGAGUGCGCGCCUGUGCGCGCCGGGGCGAGCAGGAGCCGACCCCGCGGCCCAUUGUGCGUCGGCCCGCGGCGGUCGGGAACAUGUGGGUGAAUCCCGAGGAGGUGCUGUUGGCCAACGCGCUGUGGAUCACCGAGAGGGCCAACCCCUACUUCAUCCUGCAACGGAGGAAGGGGCACGCCGGCGAUGGGGGCGGCGGCGGCGGACUGGCGGGCCUCCUGGUGGGUACCCUCGACGUCGUAUUGGACUCCAGUGCCCGGGUCGCUCCGUACCGCAUCCUGUACCAGACCCCAGACUCUCUGGUCUAUUGGACCAUCGCCUGUGGUGGUUCCAGGAAAGAGAUCACUGAGCACUGGGAAUGGCUUGAGCAGAAUCUGCUGCAAACACUCUCCAUCUUUGAAAAUGAGAAUGAUAUCACCACGUUCGUGAGAGGAAAGAUACAGGGCAUCAUUGCUGAGUAUAACAAAAUUAAUGAUGUAAAGGAAGAUGAUGACACGGAUAAAUUCAAAGAAGCCAUUGUGAAAUUCCAUCGACUGUUUGGGAUGCCUGAGGAAGAGAAGCUUGUCAACUAUUACUCUUGCAGCUACUGGAAGGGGAAGGUUCCCCGGCAGGGGUGGAUGUACCUCAGUAUUAAUCACCUGUGCUUUUAUUCAUUUCUGAUGGGAAGGGAAGCCAAGCUGGUCAUCCGGUGGGUGGACAUUACUCAGCUGGAGAAAAACGGCGCGCUGCUUCUGCCUGAUGUGAUCAAGGUGAGCACACGGUCCAGCGAACAUUUCUUCUCUGUGUUUCUCAACAUCAACGAGACAUUCAAGUUAAUGGAGCAGCUUGCUAACAUCGCCAUGAGGCAGCUCCUCGACAAUGAAGGCUUUGAACAAGAUAGAUCCCUGCCCAAACUGAAAAAGAAAUCUCCUAAAAAAGUAUCUGCACUCAAACGUGAUCUGGAUGCCAGGGCGAAGAGUGAGAGAUACCGUGCACUUUUCCGGCUGCCCAAAGAUGAGAAAUUAGAUGGGCACACAGACUGUACACUAUGGACUCCUUUUAACAAAAUGCACAUUUUGGGGCAGAUGUUUGUGUCCACAAAUUACAUCUGCUUUACCAGCAAGGAAGAGAAUUUAUGUAGCCUCAUAAUCCCACUCCGGGAGGUGACAAUCGUAGAAAAGGCGGACAGCUCCAGUGUCCUCCCGAGUCCUUUGUCCAUCAGCACCAGGAACAGGAUGACCUUUCUGUUUGCCAAUCUAAAAGACAGAGACUUCCUGGUACAGAGGAUCUCGGAUUUCCUGCAGCAGACAACUUCCAGAAUAUACUCGGACAGAGAGUUGGCCGGAAGCUAUAACAGUUCAGAUGACGAGGUGUAUUCUCGGCCCAGCAGUCUCGUCUCCUCCAGCCCCCAGAGAAGUACCAGCUCUGAUGCUGACGGAGAGCGACAGUUUAACCUCAAUGGUAACAGCGUCCCCACAGCCACACAGACUCUGAUGACCAUGUAUCGGCGGCGGUCUCCUGAGGAGUUCAACCCCAAAUUGGCCAAAGAGUUUUUGAAAGAGCAAGCCUGGAAAAUUCACUUUGCUGAGUACGGCCAAGGAAUCUGCAUGUACCGCACAGAGAAAACGCGGGAGCUCGUGCUGAAGGGGAUCCCAGAGAGCAUGCGUGGGGAGCUGUGGCUGCUGCUCUCAGGUGCCAUCAAUGAAAAGGCCACACAUCCCGGGUACUAUGAAGACCUGGUGGAGAAGUCCAUGGGCAAGUAUAAUCUCGCCACGGAGGAAAUUGAGAGGGACCUGCACCGCUCUCUCCCGGAACAUCCAGCAUUCCAGAAUGAAAUGGGCAUCGCUGCCCUGAGAAGGGUAUUGACAGCUUACGCCUUUCGAAAUCCCAACAUCGGAUAUUGCCAGGCCAUGAAUAUCGUCACAUCCGUGCUGCUGCUUUAUGCCAAAGAGGAGGAAGCCUUCUGGUUGCUGGUGGCUCUGUGUGAGCGCAUGCUUCCGGACUACUACAACACCAGGGUUGUUGGUGCACUGGUGGACCAAGGUGUCUUUGAGGAACUGGCACGAGACUAUGUCCCGCAGCUGUAUGACUGCAUGCAGGACCUGGGCGUGAUUUCUACCAUCUCUCUGUCUUGGUUUCUCACACUGUUUCUCAGUGUGAUGCCCUUUGAGAGUGCAGUGGUGGUGGUUGACUGUUUCUUCUAUGAAGGAAUCAAGGUGAUAUUCCAGUUGGCCUUAGCAGUGCUGGAUGCAAACGUGGACAAGCUGUUGAACUGCAAGGAUGAUGGCGAGGCCAUGACUGUAUUAGGAAGGUAUUUAGACAGCGUGACCAAUAAGGACAGCACGCUGCCUCCCAUCCCCCACCUCCACUCCCUGCUCAGUGAUGACGUGGAACCUUACCCAGAGGUUGACAUCUUCAGACUCAUCCGGACAUCCUAUGAGAAAUUUGGAACAAUCCGGGCAGACUUGAUUGAGCAGAUGAGAUUCAAACAGAGGCUGAAAGUGAUCCAGACCCUGGAGGAUACCACCAAACGGAACGUGGUACGGACCAUUGUGACAGAAACUUCCUUUACCAUUGAUGAGCUUGAAGAACUUUAUGCUCUUUUCAAGGCAGAGCAUCUAACCAGCUGCUACUGGGGAGGGAGCAGCAAUGCGCUGGACCGGCACGACCCCAGCCUGCCUUACCUUGAACAGUAUCGCAUCGACUUUGAACAGUUCAAGGGCAUGUUUGCCCUUCUGUUCCCUUGGGCAUGCGGAACUCACUCGGACGUGCUGGCCUCCCGCUUGUUCCAGUUAUUGGAUGAGAAUGGAGACUCGCUAAUUAACUUCCGAGAGUUUGUCUCUGGGCUAAGUGCUGCAUGCCAUGGCGACCUCACAGAGAAGCUCAAACUGCUGUACAAGAUGCACGUCUUGCCUGAGCCAUCUUCCGAUCCAGAUGAGCCGGAUUCUGCUUUUGAAGCAACUCAGUACUUCUUUGAAGAUAUCACCCCAGAAUGUACACACGUUGUGGGAUUGGAUAGCAGAAGCAAAACGAGUGCUGAUGAUGGCUUUGUCACCGUGAGCCUAAAGCCAGACAAAGGGAAGAGGGCAAAUUCUCAAGAAAAUCGUAAUUAUCUAAGACUUUGGACUCCAGAAAAUAAGUCCAAGUCCAAGAAUGCCAAGGAUCUACCCAAACUGAACCAGGGGCAGUUCAUUGAGCUGUGCAAGACAAUGUACAACAUGUUCAGCGAGGACCCCAACGAGCAAGAGCUGUACCACGCCACGGCGGCGGUGACCAGCCUGCUGCUGGAAAUCGGAGAAGUGGGCAAGCUUUUCGUCACCCAGCCUGCCAAGGAAGGCAGCAGUGGCGGCGGUGCAGGUGGCACACUCCUCCCCAAGAAAGGGCCAGGUCAGCCUUACGCGGUGGAGAACGCAGAGCCCCUGGCAGCAGACGGCGAGGAGCACUCCCUGGGAGGCCAGAUGGAGGACAUUAAGCUGGAGGACUCGUCACCCCGGGACAACGGGGCCUGCUCGUCCAUGCUCAUCUCUGACGAUGACAGCUCCAUGUCCUCGUACUCGGUGCUGAGUGCCGGCUCCCACGAGGAGGACAAGCUGCACUGCGAGGACAUUGGGGAAGACACGGUCCUGGUGCGCAGUGGCCAGGGCUCUGCAGCACUGCCCCGCAGCACCAGCCUCGACCGGGACUGGGCUAUUACCUUCGAGCAGUUCCUGGCCUCGCUCUUAACCGAGCCUGCUCUGGUCAAGUACUUUGACAAGCCCGUGUGUAUGAUGGCCAGGAUCACCAGUGCAAAAAACAUCCGAAUGAUGGGCAAACCCCUCACCUCGGUCAGUGACUAUGAGAUCUCAGCCAUGUCAGGCUGAACCGGCACCGCCACCUGCUGGAGGACCCACGGGGCAGGGAGGGGUUUUUUUCGUGUUUCUCUGUGGCGGGCGUUCUUUUUCUUUUUAAAUUAAGUAUUUAUUAGUA